AUGUCUUCACCGGAAAAGACUGCCGAAGCGGCGGCUAGUGAGCCACAGACCGCCACAACGAAUGCGCCCUCUGUCGAGGACAACGAAUCAGCGGUUGUAGAUAUUGAGAAGAGUUUCGCAGCUUGGAUAUGUGUCUUUGGCAGCUUUUUGUUCCUGAUGCCCACAUAUGGCAUGAUGCAGUCUGUCGGAACGUUCCAAUCUUACCUAGAGCUAAAUCAGCUUUCCGAUUAUUCAGCUGGUGAUAUUGGCUGGAUCCCUGGCAUGUAUAUGUUUGUGUCAAUGCUUGUCGCCAUUCAAGUCGGUUCGUUCCUUGACCAGCGCGGUCCUUUGGCUAUGAGUAUUGUUGGGGGAGGCGGCAUCGUCAUCAUGUUUGUUCUGCUGGCUGAGUGCAGUCAAUACUGGCACUUCAUGCUCUGUUUUGGAAUCUUUGGUGGACUAUCAACUGCUAUUGCUGGAACUAUCCCCGUAGCAGUGGUCGCGAAACUCUUUUCUCGAAAACGUGGCUUCGCUAUCGGAAUAGCCCUCACCGGCUCAUCGACAGGAACAGUGAUCUUUCCGAUCAUGCUUCGAUCACUGCUCCCAAAGUUGGGUUGGAGCUGGUCGAUGAGAGUGCUGGGCUUCGUCAUCCUUGGCAUCUUCACACUUGGAACAAUCUGCUUCAUUCCUUACCGUCGACUUGUCAAGCUCGUCAACAUGCCGAUAGCGAAGAAAGGCGGCCUCUCUCUUCUCAACUUCUCUGCCUUCCGUUCUGUGGCUUUCACGCUGGUCUGUGUUAUGUUCUUUGCCACGCAGUUUGUUCUUUAUGGAAUUGGUGGCCUGUUGCCGACUUUUGCAAUUCAGGCUGGCUUGACAGCCGAAACUGGCUACACUCUGGUUUCAAUCAUCGGCGGUGCUUCGGCUUUCGGUCGUGUUAUUCCCGGCUUGGUUGGUGAUAAGCUAGGCCAUUAUAAUGUUUUGAUAUUUAUGAUGGCUUUGACGUUGGUCUUCAUGGGGACACUAUUUGUCCCCUUUGGCGACAACAGUGUCGUGUUGUACGUCUUCACAGGCAUCUGGGGUUUUUGUUCUGGGGGUUUCUUAUCUAUAACACCAGUCUGUGUCGGCAAGACAUGUGAACCAAAAGAUUACGGACGAUAUUACGGGACCAUGAAUUUCGUCAUUAGCUUCUCUCUACUCAUCGCAAUCCCAAGUAGCGGCACAAUGAUAGAGAAGAUGGGAACUCAAGCUCUCAGCGGCUUCCUUAUGGGAGUUCUAGCUCUAGGCCUGGGUUGCUUGUUUGCAUCGCGCGCCGUCCUAGCGGGAAACUGGUUUGGGAUCAAGACCAAAAUUUGA